UAGGGCGCUGUUGCCGUUUGUGGGCGAGGAGUGUGAGUGGCCUGAGCCGGCGGAGGACUGCUGCUGCUCUCCGUAGUCCGGACCCCAGCCUUUUGGCAGAGAGGUCGCCACUGCCUUUGAGGCCCACCAUGAGACGCUUGGGCUCCGUGCAGCGGAAAAUGCCGUGUGUGUUUGUGACGGAGGUGAAAGAUGAGCCUUCCGCCAAAAGGGAGCAUCAGCCAUUUAAAGUUUUGGCAACUGAAACUGUAAGUCACAAGGCUUUAGAUGCAGAUAUAUACAGUGCAAUUCCAACAGAAAAAGUGGAUGGAACAUGUUGUUAUGUUACUACCUACAAAGAUCAGCCAUACCUUUGGGCUAGACUAGAUAGAAAACCCAACAAACAAGCUGACAAGAGAUUUAAAAAUUUUCUACAUUCAAAAGAAAACUCAAAAGAAUUUCUUUGGAAUGUUGAGGAGGAUUUCAAACCUGUUCCAGAGUGCUGGAUACCAGCAAAGGAAAUAGAGCAAUUAAAUGGAAAUCCAGUACCUGAUGAAAAUGGACACAUUCCUGGUUGGGUACCAGUAGAGAAAAACAACAAACAGUAUUGCUGGCAUUCCUCUGUAGUUAAUUAUGAAUUUGAAAUUGCUCUGGUACUAAAACAUUGCCCUGAUGAUCCAGGACUUUUGGAAAUUAGUGCAGUGCCACUCUCGGAUCUCUUAGAACAAACACUGGAGCUUAUAGGAACAAAUAUCAAUGGAAACCCCUAUGGGUUAGGAAACAAGAAACAUCCAUUACAUCUUCUUGUACCACAUGGAGCAUUUCAAAUAAAAAAUCUGCCUACAUUGAAGCACAAUGAUCUGUUGUCCUGGUUUGAAGGUUGCAGAGAGGGUAAAAUUGAAGGAAUAGUAUGGCACUGCCAUGAUGGCUGCUUAAUUAAGGUCCAUCGCCAUCAUCUUGGUUUAUGCUGGCCAAUUCCAGAUACUUACAUGAAUUCAAAACCCGUUAUUAUCAACAUGAAUCUGAACAAAUAUGACUAUGCCUUUGAUACUAAAUGUUUGUUUAGUCGUUUUUCGAAAAUAGAUAACCAGAAAUUUGGUAGACUCAAAGACAUAAUACUUGAUGUAUAACGAAAAUGCAAUUAAAAUUACAUUUGUUAUGUUAAAUCUUGAAUAUUCUGCCAUGUUAAAAAGUAAAAAUGAAGUUUACUGUUGUCUACUGUGAAACACCAUUGUCUUCUAGCAUUUGAAGAAAUUUUCCAGUUGCAAAUACCUAUUCAAAUUUUAAUUUAGAAUCAACACAUUAAUUGUAACUUCUGAAUAUAAAAAUGUAAUGAACAGAAAGCUCCCCAAGCUUAUGUAAUUUGAUUCUGUCCACUGUAACUGGGUGAUAAUUUAAAGAUGACAAUUAAACUAAUAAUGUUUUUAUCAAUACUUUAAAUAUCUUGAGCUCACUUUAAUCUUGUUAGACAUUUAACAAAAUGUACAUCUUAAUCUUAUAUCUUAAUGGCUGUAUAUACAGAUCAUAGUACUUGACAAUCUUAAAUAAUUGUAUAUAAAUUCUAAAUGUUAAAAUUGUUAAAGUUUACCCUCACACUUUUUUAAAAACUUAAGACAUUAUGAGUAGAGAAAUUCACCAUAGUUUAUUAUCUAUUCUAUGGUCAUAACUUUCAAAGUCUUCAAAAAUAUAUUUUUCUAAUAAGUUGAAAAUUUUCUAUAAUUUACUAAAAUUUUCAAUUUUAAGUAAAAGUAGAAUAUAUUAAGGAAAAUUUUUGGUUCACAGACUUGCUUGAUUUACAGAUGAAACAAAAUUAAUCAAAAGCUAAUAAAUACAAUUACAUAAGGCCUUCAAUAAAUGGGGAAAUUAACAGGACUUUCUUCAUCUUCGGACUGUUCAGAAGUAGGAACAGGGCUACUUAAUUCAACUCCAAAUUGUUCAGAAAGGUUUUUUAACUUCUCUUCUAAGAGAAUAUUUUUUUUCACUUCUUCUUUGUAAUUAUACUUUAGAUCUUCAAUUUCUUCAAAAAAUGAAGGGUCGAAAUUUUCCAGUUCUUUUUUCAGCUUUUUUAUUUCCUCCUGUUAGAAACAUAUUAAUUUUAAAAGUUGCACAUAGAAAUAGCAUGUUUUAGGUUUGAACUGAAGAGAAUAAAAGAUAAAAUAACUUGAAGUCGAAUACAGUUAAAAAGGCAGAAGUAUUUUCAUAAUAUUUUGUUAAUAAGGUUUUAUUGUACAGGAUAAAGAACUUGUUAACUGCCAAAUUAAAUGAUAUAGUCUGUAAAUUAUGUUCUAGCCUUUAAAAUUUGUUAAUUAACUCUGAGAAUGAGAUUUAAUUUUUCCUUAAAAUCACAACAGGAACUAUCAAUAAGUCAAUCAAAAGUGAACUUCUGUAUUCACAACAUUGAAUUUAUUCUGGUUUAAGAUUUUUCGUUUUGUGCUUCAUUUUUAUUUUUUAUUACAAUUAUAUACUUUUUGAUGAAUAAUGAUUAAGUUCUUAUUAAGCAUAUUUAUGACCAGAGAAACCUUGGGAUUUCUCCUUUGCUAAGUUAGGCAUCUGGUAAAGAGAGAAACUAAGCUUUACUGGCUAUUUUAAAUAGCCAGUGAUCACCAGAUAAUUAUCCAGGCCCCUUUUUUCUGUUGGUGGAAUCUUAAAGUACAUAAAGCACAGAAAAAAAUUUAAGUGAACUAUAACCUUAGAGGAAGAUUUCCAAAAAAGAAUUUUAAAAGGUACUUAAAGACACUGUUCCAAUUGUGACCUAAAACUUAAGAAAAUAUCUUAACAACUGUAAAGAGCUAUAUUUGUUGAACUGAAAAUAAAUUACAUUCUCAUCCUU